CUGACUACGAGUUCUGGAUGAGGUAUCGAUUCAUGAAGACUAGUGUUUCAUACAUAAAUUGUCUCAUUAAGGAAGAUGUUGAAGAAACUCGAGGAGAUCCUCUCUCCUCAAUGGAUAAACUGUUGAUAACACUGCGAUUCUAUGCCACGGGUAGCUUCCAAAGAGUGUUAGGAGAUUUAGUAAACAUUGACCAAUCUACAGUAUGUAGAGCAAUCAACGAAACUUCUUUGAAAAUCGCCAAACUAUUUCAUCGUUUUGUCCGUCUUCCAACUCCGGAGCAGCAACAACAAUACGUAGAAAGUUUUUACGAAAAAUUUGGAUUUCCUCGAGUGGUUGGGCUCAUUGACGGAACGCAUAUACCGUGCAAAUCUCCUGGAGGGCCUGAUGCUGAAUUGUUUCGAUGCCGGAAAGGAUAUUUUUCAAUCAAUUGUCAAGUGACUUGCAACGCUGAUAUGCGAAUAAUGGAUUUGGUAGCGAGGUGGCACGGAUCAGCUCACGACCAAACUAUCUUCAAUUUUUCAACUUUGAAAAUGAAGUGCGAGGAAAAUUAUUUUGGCCGUUAUUUUUUGUUAGGGGACAAUGGCUAUGCUAACAAGAGUUAUCUACUGACUCCACUUUCGAAUCCACUCACGGAACAAGAAAGAAAAUAUAACAGGAUACACAAGACUACUCGCAAUUUAGUCGAACGCUGUAUUGGAGUGUGGAAAACAAGAUUUCCCGUUUUACAAACGAAGUCUCGCCAAAAACUGAAAAAUACUUUGAAGGUGAUUACAGCUACCGCUAUUUUACACAAUAUUGCAAGGGAUUUAAAUGAGCCAUCUCCACCACCCCCGGAAAUACCACUACCAGCUCUGUAUCAAGAAAUUCAUCCAGUUGUGAGAAACCUGCAUGAAGCAUUGCCAGACAAUUCAACAAGAAAUGUAAUAAUUAAUACAAUUUAAUAAUUCACGUAGAAAAUGGAC